AUGAGCAGAGUCACCAGAAGCUUCUGCCCUCGCAGCUCAAUGCCACAGCCGCCGGUGCUCCAACCCCCCGAAUGGGAAUCUCUCGACGCUGCAACCAGCACCCCAAAGCAACCAGACAGUGAAGUCAUGACUUGGCAGCAGCAGGAGGAUCUUGCAAAGCUUGCAACGCCGUGUAAAAACCGCUCACGCUGGCCCCAGUCAAAGCCAUUACGUCACAAGGCUAUUGGAGGAACGCACACAAUAGCAACAGAUGCUGGAAAUUGUAAGCUAGCGCCGCAGACGGAUCCUUCACCUUACCCUAGGCGACACCGACGCAAAUCACAGGCCCCCACAGCUGCCUCAGUAUCCUACCACGGCGCCAAAACAGCUACGCCUGCGAACAACUCAACCCCAACUUCAACCACAGCCAAGCAGGCGCCCAUAUCCCUGGGUCCCUCGAAAAAUAAAUCGCCGUACAACAAGAAGAGAAGACCAAAAGAGACCAACAUGACUUCCUUACGGAGAGAAGCCUAUGUUCCCCCUCACCUGCGCAAUCGCACGUCUGCCAACAGCGCGAAAGCACAUCUAGGAAAUGGAAGCGCUGCCGCCAACGUCUCGCCUGCAUCCUCGGAAAAGUCCAAGGCGACUGGUGCCUCCAAGCCCGACUCGACUCCGAACCGCGUCAACUCGCAUCAAGCAACACCGGUUUCGCCACCAACUACCUUGCAGGAGCCUGUAGAGCAAGAGAAACAUGAUGUAGCCUUGCCUGCAGAUUUCAACGUCCGUUGGGACGAGCCAAAGCCCAAGCCUGCGCCUGCUACCAAGAAACCCGGAAAUCCGCGUUGGCCUCGCAAUAAUCAGCCCCACAAAAAGACAGUCUGGCCAAAGGCCAAGGACAUGAGAUGCGCUUCCUCCAGUGACGGCAGUGAUGGCGGUAUCGAGUGCAGAUCCAACAGCAACGGGGACCCUGACUACGACGUCAAGAAAUUGCUAGACUGGAACGGCGAUUGGCUGCCCGCCCCCGAAUCGUGGUCCGCUCGCAAGGGACAUGCAGACCGUCACUUUGGCCAACACAUAGAGCAAUGGAUGAACGGACAUGCUCCAGAGUGUUGCAAGCCCGUAUAUUACCUACCAAAUACAUUCAUCGACAAUGGCGGAGUGUGUAAAGAGCUAGCGCCUCGCUAUUGGCUUGAGGCAAAGGUUGAAGGUACUACUCUGAGAGAGUCUUGGAAGACGAUCUCUGCUUCGCAACCGGAACCACUGGAUGAUAUCGACCUCACAGGCUACCAACCUUGGUGGGAAUUGUACGAGGACGUGGUCUACUCAGAGUUGGUGCAAAAGAAUGGCCAGGGCCAACAGCAACUUGGACAUGCGAGCUGUUACCUGAACGCUCUCCCAGUACCGGAUGCCAUGGUCGAUCUUACAGACCCAGAGAAUCCCAUAGAGUCUUGGAAGUUGGCUUCGGUUGUAGACAAGAUCCAGGAAAAAAAGAAGCGUAUGGAAGAGAAGCAACGCCGUACGUUGGCCAGACGCACUCGCCCGGUUCCCGAAUCGAAGUUCCCGAUGCCCGUAAUGGAAGACCGCCGCAUCCGCCCCAAGGCCAACAUUUACCUUCGUCCUGUUCAGCCAGCAGACAUCCAUGCUAUUGGUGAGAUAUACAACUAUUACGUCGAGAAUUCCAUCUACACACACGAGUUUGACGUCCGCACCGACGCCCAGAUCCGUCAGCGAGUCAAUGACAUUACCAGUGCAGGCCACCCGUACUUGGUAGCUAUUUCGAAAAGCAACCGGUCUCGAGUUACUCCAGGUUAUGUCCACGAGAAGGUCGUUGGGUACAUCAAUCUGGAUGACUACUGCGGUCAGGCGAGUCUAUUCCGCUAUACUUUUCAAAUGGAGCUGUUUGUUCAUCCGGGCUUCGUGUGUAAAGGAAUCGGCAAGUGUCUUAUGGAUCGGCUUCUGGAGAUAGUAGACACCAGUUACCGUGUCCGUGGUGGAUACGAGUACAUCAACAACUACGAGUACCUCAAGACUGGGCCCUCAAGAGUCGUCAAGACUAUCCUGCUUAAUGUUCAUCAUGAGCACGGCGAAGAUGCAGAGAGGGAGUGGCAGGGCCGAUUCCUCACCGAAUGCAAGUUCACGCGUGUCGGUCGACUUCCAAAAGUGGGAUACAAGCUCGGUAAAGAAGUGGAUGUUGCCAUCUAUGCGCACCACACCAAGGAAGAUAUCAACGCAACUGCUCGUCCUACCGUCGCGGGAUGA